AGUCACUCUGAACGGGUUGUUGCAGUUUCUCAAACAGAAAUCCAUCAGUGAUAUAACUGAAGAUCUACGGAGUUUAUUUAGAAGAAAUCAAAUGUCGUCGUGGGUAAAGAAGGCUGGGGUCCGACGACCAACGCCAAAAAGUGCAGGAGGUGGGCCAAAACCUCUCAGGUCUUUCAGAAGACCCCCAUAUCCUAUGAGAGAGGAGAGGAAAGAGGAUCACCAGGGAUCUGAGAGUUUUGAAAGCUUGGAAGAAGUGAGUGACUACUCUGGCGCACAAGAAUAUGAGCAUUCUCCACAUCAGUCAACUGCUGUUUCUUCUGAAGGGUAUGAUCUAUCAGAUCAACGCACUGCUGUAUACGAGUGGUUCUACCAGCAGCUACAUGGAGAUGGUGCGAGACGGCCUGCAGACUGUGUCGUCCUGUCUGUGAACAACCAGAAUUUGGAUUACCCCAAAUCGAUAGGCCAGUGUUUGCAGGAACGUGGCCUCUCAGUGGAAAUGCUUUACCUGCAGGCGGAAUCAGGCCUGACCCGGGCCCUCCAAGAUGUCCGCUCCGACGGUUCCCCCUUAUGUAUUCUCGUCGAGCAGACUAAUGUAACACUCUCCUCGUGCACAGUAAUCAUAUUUUCAGAGUUCCUCAAAAUUCAUCGAAACAUGCCCAAAGAACAGGCCAUGGAGUUUGUGAUGGCAGAGUUUGGGCGCGUGAGUGGCUCACGCAGGGAUCCAGACCCCACGGAGGCAGCGGCGCGGGCGGCUGAGCUGACAGAGGACUACCUGGUGCGUGCCAAGCUGGAGCGCCAUACUGUUCCCUCUGCCACACGCCACCUGCUCUUUCUCCUGGCCGAAGGUUUUCACCUGUACACAGAGGAGUUCAGCACACUGGCAGAGUACCUUCAAAACCGCCAGGACCAUCUGCAAGCAACUUCCACUGAAGUGGACAGUGAGGUGACCCCUGUGAUAAACAGUCUUCCUCCAGGGUUAGGAAAGCCCCCACCACUGCUACCUGCUGGCUUUGGACCACCACCAAGAGAGCGGACAAAACCAACCUCAGGCUCAGGAGAUGCACCUCCAGGGCAUCACAUGGGAUCACAAGGCUCAUAUCCCAAGACAAAACCACCACCUCUGCUUUCCUUGCACACUCUUAAGCCAUCUUCUCACAGAUCAACUGUCCCCCAAGGUCCUUCGCCCACACGUGCACCCGCAGUCUCUCAUGGUCCUUCAUUUGGUUCCCCAUCAUCUAGAGGGCUAUCUGCCCCUCAUGUUCUUGACAAACCACAACCUCUUCUAGGCCCAGCAUCUCCACACGGUCCAGCCCCGACUCGUAGCCCUCUUCUUGACCAUGUACCUCGUGGUUUCCACUCCCCUCGAGGGCUAUUGCCGCAUCCGGGGUCUCAUUCAGUGCAAAGACCACCACUGCUCUGUACACCCCAACCACAGAAUGGCCCCCGUGGUCCAAGGGCACCACCACCUUCACUUAAGAGCCUUCAUAUGGGAGCCCCAACAGGUUCAAGUCCACGUCCCCUGCGACGCUUGCUCCUUUGAUUCACUCAGGAUGUCUGAUUAAAAAUGUAGGCCUCUACAGCUAUAUGGGACAGUUGAUACAUUUUGGACUUAAACUGUCUUUAAGUUUUGUAUUGUUUUUUUGUUUUGUUUUGUUUUUUAGCAAUUUGAUCACUCUUUUUGUGUAUCCUAUCUGGUUCUCAUGAGAUGUUUAAAAAAACAAAGUGGUGUAAUCUUUAUUUUAUGGUAUUUUCUCCCUUGUGCAGCUGUAAACGAAUUUUAGAAUAAAUGUCAAACAUUUCAAUGGUAUACAUUGACCUUACAAAAUUGUGUUUUAGCAGAAGUGGCCUCAGUGCAAUGGUUGAAUAAAUUUAAAUGAAUUAAAGGAAAAGUUCAGCAGAAAAUGAGAAUUUUCUCAUGUUCUCAACCUCAGCCUAAAUGACUUACUUUCCUCCUGAAUGUUAACUGAAUGUUAGCUCCAGUCACUUUCAUUGUACCAAUUUGUGUUCAUACAAUGAAAGUGAAUAGUGACUGAAGCUAACAUUCUGCCUAACAUCUCUUAUUGUGUUCCACUGAAAAAAGAAAGUCACACGGGUUUAGAGGGUGAGUAUAUAAUGGCAAAAAUUUCAUUUUUGGGUUGAACUAUCGUUUUAAUGACACCGGUCUUUUCAGAAUAUCCACACCAGACACAAUCAAACAAGGGGCAGUAGAUGUUAAUACAUACAUUUCCAUCAAUAAGUUGAAUAAAAUGAAUGGAACCAAAUGUUAUUCAAGAACAUUAACUUCUCCAGAAAGACACCACCCCAUCAAUACCUUAGUGCAGGGGUACUCAAUUAAAGUUCCAAGAGGUUCGGUCUCCACAUUUCCUUCCCAGCAAAGGUCCUGAUAAUAAUACGUAGCUUACAUGGUGUCAGUAGUUAUAUGGCUAGGAAAUUAUGUAUCUUUUUAUUAUGAAUCACCCAAUUAUAUAAAGUUCAUAUGUAAAAUGUGUAAAAAAAAAAAUAUAUAUAUAUAUAUAUAUAUAUAUAUAUAUAUAUAUAUAUACAUUUUUUUUUUUCCCCAUAAAAAACCAAAUUGGCUGUUGUAACUAUAGUCCCACAUGAAUUUACAAAAUGUAUAUCAGGGUAAGUUUCUUGCUGGCAUGGUUUGGUAACUUGAUGUCAAAUAUGUAUUUAAAUUCAUAGGUCUUGUUAAUGUUCCUUUCAUUAGGCUACUAUGAAAAUUACUCUAAUUAAUAAACUAAUACUUGCAUAAUGCGCAAUAAACUGUUAAGCACUGUAUACCUAAUAUUAGAAUAGUAAUGUUCACAUUAACACGUUAUCUUGUAUUACCAUAUAUAGCCUACAUAAUAAUUAUUUUAUUUUUUUAUGUGUGUACUAUAAUGUGCUUUUCUGUGUAUAGUGAAAUUGUUUUCCUGCUAAGAAAUAUAAAUUUAAAUUAUUUGAUAUCUCGAGAAAAAGGCACCACAAUCAGCAUUAAAAGGCACAAAAAAAUAUUAUUUUUUUAAUAUAAUUAUGGGACACAGUUGUCCAGCAUCUGCAAAGAGCAUCAAAAACUAGCAUGGGUGCAAUAACAUGCAGUAUUUUCACAAAAUUUAAAUGGAUAUGUUACAUUUAAAUAUAUACACUGGCUGCCAAAAGUUUGGAAUAAUGUACAGAUUUAGCUGUUUUGGAAGAAAAUUGGUACAUUAAUUCACCAAAGUGGCAUUCAGUUGAUCACAAAGUAUAGUCAGGACAUUACUGAUGUAAAAAACAGCACCAUCACUAUUUGAAAAGUCAUUUUUGAUCAAAUCUAGACAGGCCCAAUUUUCAGCAGCCAUCACUCCAACACCUUAUCCUUGAGUAAUCAUGCUAAAUUGCUAAUUUGGUACUAGAAAAUCACUUGCCAUUAUAUCAAACACUGCUUAAAUCUAUUUGGUUCGUUAAAUGAAGCUUAACGUUGUCUUCUUGUUUGUUUUUGAGUUGCCACAGUAUUCAAUAGACUGGCAUGUCUUAAGGUCAAUAUUAGGUCAAAAAUGGCAACAAAAGAAACAGCUUUCUCUAGAAACUUGUCAGUCAAUCAUUGAUUUGAGGAAUGAAGGCUAUACAAUGCUUGAAAUUGCCAAAAAACUGAAGAUUUCAUACAAAAGUAUACACUACUGUCUUCAAAGACAAAGGACAAUUGGCUCUAACAAGGACAGAAAGAGAUGUGGAAGGCCAGAUGUACAACUAAACAAGAGGAUAAGUACAUCAGAGACUCUAGUUUAAGAAAUAGACGCCUCACAUGUCCUCAGCUGACAGCUUCAUUGAAUUCUACCCGCUCAACACCAGUUUCACGUACAACAGUAAAGAGAAGACUCGGGUGCAGGCCUUAUGAGAAGAAUUGCAAAGAAAAAGCCACUUUUGAAACAGAAAAAGAAAAGGUUAGAGUGGGCAAAGAAACACAGACAUUGGACAACAGAUAAUUGGAAAAGAGUGUUAUGGAUCUUAACUCCAUUGAGCUUUUGUGGGAUCAUCUAGACUGUAAGGUGCGUGAGAAGUGCCCGACAAGACAGCCACAUCAAUGGCAAGUGCUACAGGAAGUGUGGGGUGAAAUGUCACCUGAGUAUCUGGACAAACUGACAGCUAGAAUACCAAGGAUCUGCAAAGCUGUCAUUGCUGCACGUGGAGGAUUUUUUGAUGAGAACUCUUUGAAGUAGUUUAAGAAGUUCUGAACGUUUUUUUCAAGUUGUAAUAGUAAUUUUUCACGUUAUUAAUGUCCUGACUAUACAUUGUGAUCAGUUGAAUGCCACUUUGGUGAAUUAAAGUACCAAUUUCC